AUGCGGCGCCUUUUCAGGGGCAACCCCUCCCCUUCUGCACAGCAGCUAGACGCGCCCUUCUUCACCGUGAAGCUCGGCGUGAAGGUGCUGCCCUGUGUGGUGCUGUUCAAGGCCGGCGUGAGCGUGGACAGGGUGGUGGGCUUCGAGCAGCUGGGGGGCAAGGACGACUUCCCGACACAGGCGUUUGAGGCGCGGCUGAGGGCGGCCAACGUCGUCAGCCUGGCGCGGCGCGGCCCCGGCGGCGGCGGCGACAGCAGCGACGACGACGUCGAGGAGCGGCGCGCGGCGGCGGGCCUGGCGCCCACCAGCAUACGGCGCGGCCUGCACAACGCGCCGCAGCGGGACGAGGACGACGAGAGCUCCGACUUUGACUGA